AUGGCUACACAGGUUAAUCCAACAGAUUUCUUGCAAGAAGACGAAAUCGAAACUGAUUUUAAAGAAGCAGAUUUUAACUUAAGAGAUAAAAGUUAUAGUAAUACAUAUCCCGCAAGUCCUUUUAGAAAAGAUAAAAUGGCUAUUAACGUUAUUCCAGCAGAUUACUUACAAGAAGACAAAGUUGAAACUGAUCUUAAACAAGAAGUUUUUAACUUACAAGAUGAAUUUAAUAAUUCUAUACGAAGAGACCGAUUGGAAACAGAUGUAGAUUUUCAAGAUCCUCUAGGACAAGAUAAAAAUAUUCCUAAUUUUGAAACUUAUUUGGAUCAAACCCAUUCUAUUCGAAAAUACUCUUUUAAUUCUGAUACAGGUUAUCCAGAGUCUCUGCGGGAUGUAAAAAUAGUUACUAGCAUAUUACCUACAGAUGCCUUGCAAAGAGACAAAAUCCAAAUUGAUGCUAUUGAUACACAUUCUUCGAGAAAAAUCAAAAUUGAUAGCAAAGAUAAAGCAGCUGUUUUUCUGGCAAACUUUCAAAAAGCUUACGAAAAUGGUGAUAAUGUGUAUAAUAUCGAUCACCGAAUGGAAAACAAAAAUAAAGCUGCAGUUCAUGACGUAUAUUUUAGAACUGAAGAUGAAACCGUUAAGUCCAAAACUCGAAAUGAAAUCCAAAUCAAACGGAUAAAUGCAUCUGCAAAAUCAGAGUUAAGUACUAAGUUAAAAGUACGAGACCUUUGCAAAAACGAAUUAGCCCUAAUUUCAACUUUGAGCCAUUGUCAGUAA